AUGGAUCGACACGCCCCCCAACAAUCGGUGUAUCCUCGAAGCCACGUCGGUUUUGAUAGUAUCACAACGCAAAUUGAGCGCAAGCUCUUGAAGCGCGGAUUCCAAUUUAACGUGAUCUGUGUUGGACAAACUGGUCUUGGAAAAUCGACCCUCAUCAAUACCAUCUUCGCAUCGCACCUGAUCGACUCGAAGGGUAGACUUGCUCCAGAUGAGCCAGUCCGAUCUACGACCGAAAUCCAAACUGUGUCUCAUGUGAUCGAAGAAAAUGGAGUUCGUCUAAGGUUGAACAUUGUCGACACCCCUGGUUAUGGAGACCAAGUCAACAAUGAUAGAUGUUGGGAUCCAAUUGUCAAGUACAUCAAGGACCAGCACUCAGCGUACCUACGAAAAGAGCUUACCGCUCAGCGUGAGAGAUAUAUUCAGGAUACCAGAAUUCACUGCUGUUUGUUUUUCAUACAGCCAUCAGGACAUGCGCUAAAGCCUAUUGAUAUCGUUGUUUUGAAGAAGCUUUCAGAUGUUGUCAAUGUCGUCCCAGUCAUUGCCAAGUCCGAUUCGUUGACUCUCGAGGAAAGAAGCGCUUUCAAGGAGCGUAUAAAGGAGGAGUUUGCGUUCCACAACCUGAAGAUGUUCCCGUACGACAACGAUGAGUUUGACGAGGAGGAGCGGGCUUUAAAUGCUCAGAUCAAGAACAUUAUUCCAUUCGCUGUCGUUGGAUCAGAAAAGUCAAUCAUCGUUGGUGGAAAACAAGUUCGUGGGCGACAAAACAGAUGGGGGGUUAUUAAUGUCGAGGACGAGAACCACUGCGAAUUCGUCUACCUCCGAAACUUCCUUACACGCACCCAUCUCCAAGAUCUUAUCGAGACGACAUCUCAAAUUCAUUACGAGACAUUCCGUGCUAAGCAAUUGCUUGCGCUGAAGGAGAGUAGUGCUGCUGGACACAACGCCGGUAGCCGACCGAUUUCACCAUCAGCUGAUCGGGAGCUAAGCAGAAACUCUCAAAGAAAUACCAUGAACGGCUAUUAA